GAUUAGCAUAAUUACGGUAUGCAGCUGCUUCGCAGGAGCUUUCACAUGUUCGACCACACGUCCUGUGCUUUUUGGGGGCAGUGCUUCAGGUGAGGAACCGAUACAGUUUAUACAACUUAAAAUGAGACUAAACAUGGCUCCCCUGCCGCUACUUGCGUUAUGUGUCCUUGGUGUUUGUGCACUCUCACGUGUUGAGGAGAUGAAGAGCCAGGAGCGACUCUUUCUCGGCUCCCUAGGCCUCUCCGAACGGCCAAGGACCACAGAGAGUCAAAAGCCCUGGCGCCACGUCCCCGUUGCGCUGUGGAGGAUGUUCCGGAGGUCGGAGAACAUCCAGGUCCAGGAGAGCGACCCCUGCAUAGUGCCCGAAUACGGAGUCCGCGGCAACAUCAUUCGAUACGUUCAGGACCAAGGCCAGCUGGUGUCUGGCUUGAGCAGCAACUCUCAGACCUGUCUGGACAAGCAGCUUUUCUUCAACAUGUCCGUCCUGCAACCUAUGGAGCUGCUUUCCCUUGCUCAGCUCGAGAUUCAGUUCCACUGGAAACCCUUCAGAUCUGCAGUGCUCCUGCAGGGACCCCGGGCCCUUAGUUUGUCCUUGUAUAAAGUGAUUCGAGCCACACUGAGGGAAGCCAAUCCCCAGGCCAACCGCAGACUCCUGCUGUCCAAGUCAGUCCAGCUGCAGCCUGAACUCACAUCCAUCACCAUGGACCUCACCUCCUUGGCAGAUAGCUGGCGCAAACUGGGACGCAACUACGGUUUGGUUUUACAGCUGCUGCCUCUUAGCACAGACCCAGAGGAACUUCAUUUUCGACCAGGGAACUCUCUCCCAUUGGAGCCACCCUUCACCCUGCCACUGAGCCAGGCCUCACUGGUGGUCGUGUCCCUCAACCCCCAGCAGUGUCGCUCCAGACAGAGAAGAAGCGCCGUCCACCUCCCCGUGACACCUAGCAAUGUGUGUAAGGCACGCCGCCUCUACAUCGACUUCAAAGACGUAGGCUGGCAGGACUGGAUCAUUGCUCCACAGGGCUACAUGGCCAACUACUGCCAAGGUGAGUGCCCGUUCCCACUCAGUGAGAGUCUGAAUGGCACCAACCAUGCUAUCCUGCAGACCCUGGUGCACUCCCUGGACCCUCAUGGCACCCCACAACCCUGCUGCGUCCCCAUCCGUCUAUCCCCCAUAUCCAUGCUCUACUAUGACAACAAUGACAAUGUGGUGCUCCGGCAUUAUCAGGAUAUGGUGGUGGAUGAGUGUGGGUGUCGAUGAAGAUGGUAGAUAUUUCUGAUUGGCCCUUGAGUAUCAAAUAUCCAACAGCUGUUUUUAAAUUUCCUGGUCCAAAGUUUAGUUUCAAUUUGAUGAUGGGACUUAAAGCUUUUUCUUGAUCUGAUAGAUCAAACUUUCAAUGUAUAUUGUUAUUUGCAGUCACUGAUUUUAAUUUUUGUUUUAAAUAAAGUUGAAUUGUUUGGUCCCACAGAACUGUUAAUGUGUUAAUAAAAGGUGGAAGUAAUUGGGUCCCUUAAAUGCUUGGCUGGAAAAGAGUACAGUGAUGCUGUUGAGUGAUUACUUUAAAAUAAAAUGUAUCAAGCUAGGAAUAUAAAAAUUUUAGCCAGUAGUUUAAGACAACUGCGCCGGCUAAAAUACACAGUUGCUUAACAGUCUGCUGUUCUCUACUGUAAGAUGGUAUACAAAUCAGACAAAAAAUAUGAUUAUAGCAUUGAUUUUUUUCUUUUUUUUUUUUCUUUCGGGUUUUACAGCCAUGUCCAAAAAGGUCUUGUAGGAUACUAUACUGCAGGGUACAAUGGUAAAACAUUACUUACAAUAACAUAUUGUGCUAGACUGUGACCCCUGUUAAUAGAUCAAAUUAGAUCCAAUUCACUGCGAGAAUUGCAGAAUUAGGACUGCAACAAAUGAUUUGGGGGAAUUUCAUAGUGAUUCAGUGGAUUUUCUAAUUUAAUAAAACAUGAUAUACGAAUCCCUGAAACAUUCCUCAUGCAAGCAUAUUUCACAUGCCAUUACUGCUAAGUUUUGGAAGGUACUAACCACGGCUUAUUUUAAAAAUCAUCAGCUUAAAACUUCAUAUCAAGAAAAAAAAUGCCCAUCGUAUUUGCAAUUUAGAUUAGCCAAACGUGUGCAGACAAAGUACGCCGUAACCUUUUCAUGUCACACCAAGCACUGUUUUCCAGGUUUAAAUGUUCCAUUGAAGGAGACCAGCUACUCUGUUAUCUACCAAAGGAGAAAUUAACUCUCUUAUCUCACCUUCCUGCCUGAUAACACCCCCACCACCAAUCACCCCAACCAGCACCACCAGAGCUGUCAUCCACAGGGGGUGCCGCAAACAAGAGAAAAAAUAAAUAAAUGACUAUUUUUUACCAGUGCAACUACUACUAAUAUUUUGAAAUAUUAAAUAAACCCACAGAAACAUAACUUCAUAGCCAAGCCUAUUAAAUAAUGGAUAAUAAUCCUAAUAAUUAAAUAAUUUUCUGGGCUCCUGGCUGGCUCAUUGCACUGUACAUGCCCUCUGUGUGUGCGUGUGUGUGUGUGUGUGUGUGUGUAUUAACUUUUUGCACUGUAGUUAGAAUCUCAUCAUUUUUUCAUUAUUAGUCUAUAAUUAGUCUUGUGUAUAGCACACACCACGCAUCUGUUUUUUAUUCAAAUGUAACAUGCAGGGGUCACAUAUACUUCUCUUCUCUCUGCACUUUUAAAAUAUUUCACCACCACACCCAGUGACACCAUAAGGUGCUCUUGUCCCCUCUACCUCAGCACAGCAGUCACUUGUUUUCGUGUUCACUGUUUCUAUUUUGUGCAAUGCCUUAUUCAUAUUGUAUUUUAAAUGUAUCACUUGUUUCUUUCUUCAGUUUUUAUUUGGUGUGAUAUUUUGACUUAAAAUAAAUACAAUCUUGAAUACA